AGGACUUCGAGGGGAGUGGAGAGUGGAGUAAUUCCAGCUCUGUUUAAAACAACUUCUCAGCACGGAAUCCAUCCCGGAGUUUGGCACUCAAGUCCCCGAACAUCUCCGCUUUUCCCGGGACGCUGCAGCGUGAUUCCUGUUCCCAGCACGGCGACUGUAAUCAUCGGAAUUCCAGCGCUGUGAGGAUUUAUUCCGGGGUGAAGGGGGGAUUUUACGGAUCGAGGGGUUCACGGAGCUGGUGAAGAAACUGUGGAAAAGUUUGAGAGUUCUGUUCCCGGUGGCGUUUUUUUUUUUGUGAAUGUAAACUGAACCUGUUCUCCGGGGGCCUAACUAUGGUUUGUGGAUUGUGUUCGGGAUCUCCAGAGUGUUGGGGAGUUGAAGGCUUUGUGAGAGAGCUGGCAAAAGUUGAGGCUUAAUUGAGUUGGCGACAGCAGGUCACUGAGCAGUGACUGUGUGGAGCCUGCUCCCUCUGCAGACUUUGGUUAUGUUUUACGCAGCGCAUGGUUGAAUAUCGCUCGCUAAUGCUGCGAGAGAGCCACGAAACGGUGACCACCGGCUGCGCAUGUUGUGCGCACCGUGCACAGACCCCUAGUCCUGCGCAGAGAAGAGUGUAAAUCGAUGUGGCAUCUCCCGGGACCCGGACGGGACCCACAGGACGCGCACAAAACUGUCUAGGUUGUCGUAUGUUCAAGUCGAGACGCUCAGGUCUUGUACGGCGACUCUGGAGAAGCCGUCUGGUCACCGAGAGCGACGGGCGGGAUGGAGGCAGAAGAGGUGAGGGAGGAAGGCUCUGUCCGUGUGGCAGACACUCAGGAAAGCUCCACAGACACGAGCAGCGGUCGGUGACACAGACUGACCCGGCUCUGGGACUCACGGGGGAGGCUGGAGAGCUGACGGAGAGCGCGGAGAGGGAGGAAGAGGAGCAGCCGGACGAUGACCGGGGUGCCAUGUGCGUCCAGGAGCGCAGAGGCUACCACAGAGAGCAGGAGGGAGACAGUCGGACGGUGACGUGUUGUUUGUUUGGGGAAUGGGAUCUCAGACCUCGGAGCCCUUAUUGGGCCCCGAGAAAAGACGGAGGGGGCUCUUGUCAGUGCGCACCGAGGCAUGCGGGGCUGGAGGAGGAACUGGCGAGCACUGCUCAUGCGUUUCUGAAAAGACUGAAGGAGAGGUCUCUGGACACGCUGCUGAAGGUGGUGGAGGCCAGAGGAGGAAUAAACAGCGAGUGUGUGAUGGUGCCGAGCGCGGAGCUGCGGCUCGGGGCUCAUCUCAUCUCUCCACAGUCUCUCAUGUGUAAGGUGUUCCGCUGGAGCGACCUGCCGCUCUCAGCGUGGCUCAAAACACUGAGCCACUGCCAGAGCUUUGGCGCAGAGGACAGCGCAAAGGUGUGCUGCAACCCCUACCACUACAGCCGCCUGUGUGGGCCAGGUAAGGACCAAAACAUUGUUGGGGGCGGGGUGCUACAAUACACUUCACCUCUUUAUAAAGGACUUAAUAAGAGGUGGAAGUAAAUGAAAUCCUGCCACUCUUCCUUGAAAUUAAACAUCACUGAUAUCAAACCAGUAUUUGGGACACCUCCAAGAACCCCACUAGGUCCACACUCAGAGUUGAAGGCCUUGCCAAGUCAAAGUGUCAUAAAAGUGAAGUUAUUCAUGAACUUUCCUAGACUUCCUCAGAGAUUGGUUGACCACAUAUAAAGUAAAAUCUAGCUUGAAAUAAAGAAUUGAUGAAAGACAACACUGCAUCUGAAGAUUGAAGUUUUAAAAAGCUCACAUAAAGAUCCUAUCAGUUAUUUUUUUAUCCCUAAUACAGUCAUCUCCUCUCUGCUGGCCUGUGAGCACAAUCACAUUAAAGUACAAAGUUCAACUCUUAAACCUCUUGGGAAUGAAACCCAGUGUCUCUCCUCUCAUGUUUUACUGCCUGUCCAACUCUUUUACAAUAUUUUCAAACUCCAGCUUUUACUUCGGUGAAACAUUACUUUGAUUUCCUCUCCACAUUCCUAACACAUUACACACUUUAUUUAAAUUCGAGCAAAAACUUUGCUGCUUCCCACAUCAUCCAAUUGAAGGUCGCUCUCAAGUUGCACUUAGGCUCUUUUUUCUCUGACAAGGAGGUCCUCCUCUUGUUAUUUAGGUGAAGGAGUGCCGAUAAUAUACAGUUUGCAUAGUGCUGGCGCCAGACUGACUCGCUGGGUAUCUGACUGACUGAGGACUCCGGCAAUUACUGGCUCUGCUCUUAAAGGGGCCGCAGCCACAAAGCAGGUCCACUGUGGACUGAAGGGACUAUCCCAGCAGCAGCAGCAGCAAGCAGCAGUAUUACUGUGUUUACAGGGCUGUUUUUACCCAGGAGUCAUCCUCAGUCUGCGUGAAUGAAAUGUCUCUGCUGAAAUUUAAGUCUCUCUUUCUGGAGGGAAUGAAUUAUGGGCAUAGUUUUGACUCAGUUGUACAAAGUUUAAAAUAAAACCAAACAUGAUUAUACACAGUAUUGUGCAAAACAUGGUCCUUUUAUGUUGUGUGCAAACCCUCUAUGAGUGUGUUGCUUCAAAAGAAAAAGAUCGACCGCAGGUGAAAGAGUUUUAUUGUUAGAUAUUUUAGCCCAGAGUCAAAGAUCUCAAACAUCAAGUACAGAGUUUCUACAUUACUUAAGAUUAUCUACAUUAUUCAGUGUUAAAAUGUUGUAAAAUGGAAGUAAAAGACUCUGCUAAUUCAUUUUUCAUGGCUGUAUUUGAUGUUAUUUUUAAAGAUAAGCUGAUGAAGAUAACUUGCCCAGAAUCAGGAGAGUGUUGAUUUUAGUACAAUGUAAGUUUUGUUUUCAAUACCGUGUAAAAAUCCGGAUUGAGGGUGUAAUGGUUGACUUGAAGAGUGAGUAUGUGUUUUAUUUGAUCAAGGUUAGACUGGAGGCCAUUAAAUAAUUUUAGUAAUGGUGAUCCACAAACUCUGGUGUUAGUGUCCUUUAGUUACCCUCUUUGAUCUUAAACUGUGCGAAAAAGGGAAGCUCUUUUCCUAGAUGGGAACAGGGUUUGGUACUUCACAGCAAAAAGACAAAACUAAACUAAGAGUUUUUGUAGUAGGGAAGUAUAGAUGUUCACCUUUGAUCAUUUCGUGCAUUGAUUACAUGUGACAGUUGAUAAAUUGAGAUGUAGAAUCCACAGCCUUUAAUUUAACCUUGACUUUUUUUGCUUGUAUUUCCAGAAUCGCCUCCUCCCCCAUACUCUCUGUCCCGUUCCGAAGAACACAAGCCACUGGGUGAGUUUGGAAAAAAUGUCCCCAACACACCCACACAUGAACAAAACUAGUAAAUGACAAGAGGGUGUCGUCACCCUCAUAUUUUUAGACUGGAAACAGAGAUGCUGGAAAAGCUGCUUGCAUUAAAAGUGACACGUAGGCUUUACCUGUGCUCACCUUCUCUUUUCAUGAGCAUGACAUCGUAAGUCACAAGCAUGUGAGUGUCCUCCACGCAAACAGACAGUCUGCUACACAAUUUUCAAGUUACAGAACAAAUUAAAGGAAUCUAGAAACAGAGAUUACUUUACAUGAUUGUUGGAUUAAUUCUUGUCAAAUUUCAAUCUGUAUCUCACCUCUCUGUUUUGUUUUUGCCUCUUCUUCAUUUCCCAGACUCGUCUCUGUCUUACACUGAAACUGUGCCCCCCCUUCCCUCCAGUUCGCCUCACAUUACGCCAAGAGACUACACAGGUGAGUUACCUGAAUCAGUACUGCGGGAGCAUGUGAACAUCGUGUCGGAGUAGAAGUUUGUUUCUGGAGGGAUCAGAUGUUGAGAGUGGGUUUGUUUUCCUGAAGAAUGAGCAAAUAAGUUUGGAAGCACAAAUGGAAAAAGUUUUCGAGCUGCACGAGUGUGUUUGCUCUUACAGGCAUGCAAACACUUGUAGCGUGCAUCCUCUCUAAUUUUUUGCAUAGAGGAGUGAAUUACAUUUGCUGCUGCUGUUUUGAUGUUGUGUUUUCCUUCCUAUUUUCAAAGGCCGUUACGAACAAACAAAACUUUUCUGCAUAAAGCUUCUUUUGUCAGAGAGGCAUGGAGGGCUCGGUGGGGGUCUGGGGUCUCUCGCUAUCUAGAUGCCACUGCAGUGUAGUCUUUCUGUCUCUCUUUCCCUGUCUCUCUCUCUCUCUCUCUCUCUCCCCGUGCUUUCUCCGCUGCAAAAUAUUUCACUGGGAUGAAGCUGCAAUAAGAUCCCUGUGCAUACUCCCAAUCCCCUCUGCCUCUGCAAGCACCCAUCCCCCUCUUUCCCUCUUUCUUCCCUCAAAUCCCUCCAUUCCUCUCGGCAAUUGAGCAGUGGAAAGAGGCUGGCAUUUUGGGGGCGGGGGAGCCAAGCGGCUCUGAUGAGGCAGAGGUGUAGAGUUUUGUGCGUGUGUGUGUGUAUGUGGAAAGAGGGGGGGGGGCUGAGGACAGCGUUUGGACAGGAAACAGCCCCCUCUAGAUGAUGAAACUGGAGCUUUAUUUGUUUACGUGCUGGGGUCGGGUGGAGAGGUCCUCGCUGCGUUAGAAGAAACCCACAAACCCACUCGAUCAAGCCUCCCCGGGCUAAGUUGUGGACGGUGUUGAAAGGUGAAUGGGCACCUAUAAAGUCUGUGUUGUGUCGUCGCAGCGUCACUGAGCUGUCUGAAGAGCCAGCAGAGCUCCAGUUCGGACUUCUCAAGUUUGUUUAUCUGCCAUGUCCUGAGAAAAACUUAAGCUCUUUUUUUUUUUGUUAGAGUUGGUGUUUAUAAAAGUUUAUUGAGAUGUUAUGUAUUUUUUCCAUGCUGAAGGGCAGGGCCGUAGCUAACAUUUAAGAAACACUGAUGUCACAAGCCCUCCCAGCAGCCUACACUCCUCACUUCUUUUAGAUGAAUAUGUCCUGGGAUAUUUUUUCUAAAAGGCGAUACUGCAAUUACUCAAAUAGUACUUUCUUUUAAUUGUCUGAAUAAAUUCAUCAACUUUUUCAAAACUUUUCAAGACUGUCAGGAUUCAAAUUUUUGCUAAAUUUUAAGUUCUUAGCGUAAGACUUUACAAAUUCAUACUUUGAUAUAAAAAAAGAUCGUUAUUUGCAACAUUUACCCUCCCACUGAGCAUUUUAAGCAGUUUUUUUCUGGGAUGAAUAAUCAUCCUCUGUCCUCGUGAAACCAACAAGAAAAUGACCAAAAGUUAAACGAAACUUUGGAGUUGAUUUGUAUUAAAGGACUCAAAAGUCUUUGUAACAGUGACGGUCUGUCCAACAUGACACCGCACCAGCGUCUUUCUCAAGUUCUGACUCUAACAGAGGUCCAGAAGCAGAACCACUCUGCCCCGCUGUUACGCCUCUAUGUGUUCCGCACCUUAGUCCCAGAGGCAUAGAUAUCCCACCUUGAAAUAGUGAGAGCCACUCCUGUGUCUUUGUCCAAAAGUCAUCCAAAGUCUACCCGCUUACCCUUACAAAUUAAUCAGUCGUAUAAUUUUACUUUGUGGUUUGAUUGUUCGCCAUGAUGGUUAUUGAUAGGGGGUUUCUCUUAGUGCCUGUGGCCUAACAUUAGUAGAAAUUCAUCAGUUUCCUCGGUUGAUGUGUUCUGUUGAGCGUUGGGCAGAGUGUGUUUGUGUGUGGUCUCUGAUCCCCUGCCCCCCACACCAGAACGCUGGAGCCGAGAACCAGAGCUCAGGCCAAGAGCAUGAGCAGCACAGAGAGACUUGGCAAAACAGAAGCAGUGAAGAAAAAAAAAAAAAGAAAACCCCUGCUUGUAGCUUUUGUUUUAAACUUUUACAGGUUAUCUGGCUCCUCUUUCUGAGCGUGGGCUGGUUUAAUAACAGGAAAUAAGCUGAACAUGAAACUGGUAUCAAAGAAUUGUCUGCAGCUUAUAGAGGCCCUUGAUGUUUGUUAGCUCUUGAAAGAGUGUAAAUGAGUCUUUUUUUGUGCAGGUGAUCCUUUGGCAGAUCAUCUAAAGCCUGUGAUGUUUUCUUUAGAACAAAUACAAGCAUUGAACUUGUUCCCCGCCACUUCAGCAUCUUUUUUAUUCCUUUUAAAACCAGCUAUGUGUUCUGGCUUUAAGGGGGAGAAAGAAAGGCUCCAGCAGGGUGUGGUCUAUACAUACCUUUGCCCCGGCCUCUUUUAUCAUUCAAUCAGUUAACGUUCCCUUUAAACCGCAGCAGCAGUCCUGCUUUGAAAAGGGAAAUGUCUACUGGAAGUUUAGUAGACUUAUAUCUGCUCAGACUGUCCCUCUGUGACUCCAACAAAACGUGUCAUUCAGCUGCUUAUUGUCAGCCUAUGCGCUUGUGUGUGCGUGUGUGAGUGUCUAGUGUGUGUGUGUGUGACAGGGAGGCAGAGAGGGAGGAAUUUCUGUCUGACUCAGUGAUAAGAUCGUCUCGGAGUACUCACAUAGGGGUUCUAUCAGGACAAAAACACACACACGCACAGAUGCACAUGGAUAAACACACUUCACCAAUCACGCGAUUUGUUGGACGGGAGGCAAAGUUCUGUUUAUUUUUUACCCUCAUAAUUGAUGUAUAACUAAAAAUAACAUGUCAGCGGUAUGAUGUAUUUCUGAAAGCUCAGGCCCGGUUAUACAUUAUUGGAUUAUCUGCCGCAUUCUCCACUAUUUGCCUCAAUUUAUCAGACUGAGAAUUUUGUUAGUCAAACCAGAUUUGACCGUAAAAUACAAACAUUUGUCUUCUUUUGUACCUCCUUUUUCUGCGUUACGAUCCAAACUCCUGUUUCAGCCUUUAUCAGUCUCAGCUUUUGUUCUUGAAAAGCACAUUUCUGGAUUUCCACAACAGCUGACUGAAGAGCAUUUAAGGCAACUGCUAUUCAAGUUUGUCACAUAAAUAUAACAUCGAUAUUUUUGAACCAUUAUAAACUGGAGAAGAGGAUUUUUUCUCAAACAAUGAGCUUAGGAUAACGGCAGCUCAGCUCGUAGCCCCCGAAAAAGGUUGGAAUUAUGAAUGUGAAUCUUUAUGAGAGUUUUUAUUAAAUUAAAGCAUCUGUAAGGAGUUUUUGAUUAGGUAUGAAACAGACUGAAUUGAACAGUGAUGCAUCUUAAUAAUGUACAAAAGCAAAAAAAAAGACCUUCAGUGGCAAGAUCGUCAGUUUCUAUAGUUUAAUUUUAAUGAGAGAACUAAUAAGAGGAGAUUUUUGUCAGUUCGAACCAUUUGUAUCAGGACAAGAAGAAAUCAGCAACAAAAAAGGGUUAAAACUUUGUCCACAGGGGGCGCCUAAGUCAACAGAGACAGAGAGAUCCUCACAGUAGCUUUAAGUUACCAGGUGCAUCGUAGGGCACUGGUUUAACUCCGCAUUUAGAUCAUGUGCCCUCUUUUCAGAGUCUUUAGUCAUGUAAAUCAGCUACUAAGCAGCCUUCUACCCCAUGUCAUUUUCUACGAUCGCUUCCCAAUUCUUGACUCUAUCCACAGUCCUGUCUCUAAAAUACAGAAAAAAUGAACUGUUAAAAAGUUACAAGUCUGUCUGUUCUUGAAAAAAAAGAGGUUUUCUCUCCACUAAAAUUUAAACCUAAACAGAUGGAAACAGGUGGUAGCUCAUCUUCCAGACUCUCCUGAAACCCUUUAAAUGUACCAAAUGGGAGCGACUGCUAAUGUGAAGUCGAUCUUAAGAUUGGGAAUAGACUUUUGCUAAUGAUUUGAAAACCAUACCAUAUUUAUCAAUUUAGUUACAACUUUUUGCCUGUUUAUGAUUUGAAUAAAGACAGAAUAUACAGUAUCUGACCUGCUCCUGACACUUUUAGCCCACACUGGACCAGAGAUAAACUGUUUAAUCAGGCCAAUUCAUGGCAUGCUGACAAUAUGGGCGUCAUCUUGGCAUUAUCCCUCACAAAGGCUGAUAUCAAUUGACUUUUUUUGUGACUGAAAACACAUUUUUCUCAUCACCCAUUAACAGCAUAUCAAAUCUACAACACCCACUGGCUUGCAUGUUAAUUUAAAUUCAUUUAUGAUGUGUAUUAAAACAAUUUCAGAUUGCUGGAUAGAAAUCCAAAAUUUCAUUGUGGCAAUAUUUUCUGAGCCAAAUACUGAUGUCAUCCACAUUUAUUUGAUAAAGUAUAAAAGUUCAGUAACUUAGUUUUUUCUUUGUUGGUGUUAUUUAAUGAUCGUAUUUUGUCACAUGCAAAAAAAUACAUAUAUUGAAUAUAUUGAAUUUGAAAACAUGUAAACUCAGUGUAGUGACAGAUGUAACUUUAUACACCUCUUCAAAGGAAAAACUUUGUGUUUUUUCCAAAAUGAUACAGACCUCCACAGUCCCUCUGCUUUACUAACACACACCUGAUCCCCUUUGCUCUCUAUCUGUUUUGCUGCAGAUGUCUGUCCUUCACUCUUAGUCAAUAAUCUCUGCAAGUCACUUGAUUGUGGGAAAGCCCAAAUUGUGAAUCCUGAUUUACUUCUCUGACAUCUCACUGUGCGAUUGUUGUGUUUAUGCAGCAUCGCUUAUAUUGCCCCAUGACCUCAUGUCAAACAUUUGUCCACCUUGUUGUCAUUAGCGCGAGGCUUUCAAACAUGUGGAAGCAAGUAAAGCAAUGAUACCUAAUGGACAUUAGUGUGGCCUGGAUGCACUGAAGUAAGACAAGAAGACUGCUCCCUCUCUGCCCUCAGUAAUCAUAUUUUGGUGGCUUGUUUGCUUAAGCAGAGCGAGGUAUCAGCCAAACAUCCUGUCUCAAAGCCCUGUCUGCACUCGCUGCAGCAUUAACCCCAUGAAUCGGCCCUUUGACUGAUGGGGCACGGCCCAGGAAUGUUGGGAAAUUGGGAAGGUGAGGGGGGGAGCGGGGUCUCAGAGUGAAAGAGGUGGGAGGGGGUAAGGGGGUCUGACUCUGGAGAGUGACAUCUGAUACAUGUUUGAACAUAUCGCCGUUAAUACUCAAGAAACACGGAGUGGAGCCGACAUUCUUGGCAGAGUGGGAGACAGUUUUAAGAGUGUGAGAGUAGCAUGCUGUUUUUGUGAGUUUAGUGCAGAGAGUGUGAAGCUUUCCUGGUCAGUCCUGGUUCACACAGUGGGACAAAGAAUUGGAAAAUAUCUGCUCCGCCAGUCACUAGUGUGGAUUUGACUCACAGGAGCGUGAAAACUUGUGUCAAAGUCUUGAGUUGUAAGAGUGCGAAAACAGAGCGUUAAGAGAGGCAUUUUGCUGCAUUCAGAGCGAAUCAGUUUAAGUCUAAGUCUGUCCAGGUCCUCUCAGUGACCUGAACCUCCAGCCUGUUUGUUGGCACGCUUACAACACUUGCUCUUAUGCCUGACUGAGACACAUUAGACUAUGGAAUUCAACAUCAAGUGCUGGCCCAUUAACCAUUUGCCAUUUCCUCACAUAUUUUCCAUCACGACUCCUUUUGCAUGAAGGGUAUGCAGCUUAAAACCCAGUGCACAACUCACUCAUAGUUUUUUUUUCCUUUUUUUGGGAGGUUGGUCAUUUCUUUUGGAGUCUUUUAGCAAGUUUUGCAUUUUUCAACAUUUGAGGCAGAAUUCCAGAGUCUUGAAACUUCUUUGCAGCUGUUUUUCCAGGGAAAUUAAGGGUUAGUAUUCGUGAUUUGUAAUAGCAAAUCGUUUUAACUUCAUAGAGUGUGCUGAGUAGUGUUUUCUGUCAACAUAAUGAAGAAAUGCACUUAGUUCCAACAGGGUUAUAAGUUCAAGUUGUGUCACCAUGGUGAUCUAGCCAAGUUAAAAGUCAGCUGAACACUCUUGGUUAAAGCUCUACAGAGCCGAUUUAGCCUUUAAUCUCGCUUACAGAAACCUGAUUGGUUCAAAACUUUGUGUUUAGGACAAUUGAGCGAGUUUCAUUUGUUUGUUUCUGCAUGGCACAGCACUUCCCAAAUCCACACUCAUCUCCUGUGGAUGUCUCAUUAGACUUCAUAUAAGCUACAUAAAUUUACAUUAUUUGAUUGUUAUUUUCUGAAGUUUUCUUUUGAGGAAGUUUCUUAUAGGUUCUUGCGUCUGCAUGAGUUUUUUCAUGGUGUAGUUGCAACAUCCUCUUGUCCAUCUGUCUCAUUUUGCUCAGUAUGCAGCCAGCUAUCUGUGUGUUUAUUGACAUAUGUUGUAGGUGUGAAUAUUUUGAGAUAUUUUAUAAGAAAUGACUUUAAAUCCACAGCCUUGAACCUCUAAGGGAUCUCUAUGGAUUAGGAAGUUUGACACAUCAGAAACAAUCCUGAUCAUCAUGUAGGGAUUUUCUCACUUAAUUCUGAACAUUGUUUUGCGUGUCUGAAGUUCGCUCGCUUUUCCUCCACUUGUCAUAUUUACUCUUAAAGCCUCUACUGUUUGUUGUACACACAUUUUUCUGUCUCUUCCCCUUUCUCUCUCUCUCUCUCUCCCUCUGUGCCUCCUCUCUUUCAGCCCAUGUAGUCAGGCCAUCACAAUUUAAAAUAAGGUUUAAAUUACAGGACUGGCUGUGGCUUUCCGUUGUUCCCUCAGAGUUUUUGCCAACCCGCAAUUUGGCUUUUAAUGGAAUCCUGCCAUGCUGCUGAACCUAAAGAUUCUUUGCAGAUGUCGAAAGACUCUGACUCUGUGAGAUGUUUUAGGAAAGUGUCGCCUGAGCUGUGAGCUCUGAGUGUGUAGUGCUGAGUUAAGAGUGAAGAAAGAAACAUUUACAGGAGUUUUUUAAGGUGAUGUAGCUGCGUGCGGUUGGUGAGAAAGAAAAAAAAGUGUGGAGUCGAGAGUCUGAGGAGAUUUUUAUGGACAUAUUUAUAUGUGCAAACACUCUUUUUGUUUCCUUCACCUUUCAGUCACUGGUCUAAAAACUGCAAACUCAGGAGUUCAUGUUUGGUACUUUCCAACUAAGUUAUACCUUUUAUUGAAUCUCUGGAAGAGUUGCUGAAAGCUUUGAGUUUUGCUUGUAUUGAGAACAGUAGAGGGUUCUUGCUAGUAGUAACUUUUAAGUUUGUGUCAGCUUUGGCAACCCAGUGUUUUGGCAGUUUUUGCUGAUGUUGUCCUGUAUACUUGUGUUUUUUUUUCCAAACAGAAAAUCCAGAUCUCAACCACAAAUUUUCUUCUUUGGCAUCAGUGAUGAAUUCUGUCUGUUUUGAGUCCAGCUUUAAGUCGAGUUUCCCUAGAAAGCGUGCAUGUUGUAUUGUGUCAGCAGCACCAAACACUCUGAAGCUGAUCCACGUUGUUCUAGUCAGUGCUGGUGUUUUCAAAGAGAGUCUGUCUUCUGUCUUCUUUGCUCCAGCUCACUUAGGAUAUGAGCUCUCUAUUUUCAACAGAACUCAUGUACAACAUUCAUCAAAAAGAAAGGUAUCAUAACCUGUUGCUAGCGUGAAGUUCCCUGCAUGAUCUUGAUAAUCCUGCAAGAUCUUGGGCAGGUCUUGCAGGGUUCCAACAAGGCAAGGUGUGCAUUGUUAGACCAAGUGAAAUCGUGCUGAUGGGUAAUACCCUUGGAUCCUGAAUAUAAGACUACUCACAGGAGCUUUUAGUCUGAUGCUAACAUUACCAAAUACUCAGGCUUAGCUUUAACAGACUUUGUGCUGAUAUACACAUUUUCAUCAAUCCAUACAAAAGAAUUUUCAAUAGUUCUUCGUCAUGACUAGGGCUGGGCGAUGAAAUGAUAACGAUAGAUAUAGAAAAUUAAUUUCUCUCAAUAUCAAUAUAAAACAUGGUCAGUAUGCUUUUCAACAGUCCGCAUUCUGCCAUGUUUUGGUAGACUAUACCACCGGACAUGAAGCAGAGUAAUGUGAACUGCAAAUUAUGUCGAGUACAUGUUCUUGUAAAACAUGUACUCGACAUAAAUGUUUACCUCAAAUCUUUUUUACCACCUGUAGCAGUGCCACGCGGCAGAGCACACGAAAUGCUAAAGGUUGCAAACCCUGCGUGGAGCAAGGAACCCAUGGCACCUAUGCAGCUGAAACAGCCGACCAUUCAGUCCACUCUCUCUAGCGCCAUGCCUUAAGACGAAACGUCGAAGAGACACAAAGACCUCACAGAUGCAGUAGCUUAUUGUAUAUCGAAAAACAUGCUACCAAUAAGCACUGUUAAAUUACAUUUUUAUACCAUGAUAUAUAUCGAUAUUGACUGAUAUGAAAAAAUAUAUUGCGAUAAACUUUUUCACAUAUCGCCCAGCCCUACUCAUGACUGAUUAAAUGACUUAGUACCAUGUUAAAGGAGGAGGCGAACAGUAACUAAAAGUCCAUCAGAUGCUAAAAUUCCCCUCAGAUCUACAAUAUUGUUUUCCCUGAAAUGUAACCUGUUUAGUUUAGUUUCAGCUCUCCUAUGCUGUCGUUUUCCAGUCAGGCGAGGUAGCUGCUUACGACAAGACAAAAUCUUUUUCUUGAACUGAGAGCUAUGUGCACAGUCUUCACGAAGAGACAAAGUGGCCAGGUUAGCUGCCAGCCAGUAAACACUUCAACUAUUUGGAGGCAGAAGUUCAAGAUUUUUAAAACUUCUGCAGACCCAAAGCGAACUGAAAGAGAAUAAAUGUCGGCUCUGUUUAAUCACAUUUGCCAAAUAAACUCAUUAAUGUCUGAAACUAUGUCAAGUUAUAAUGUUUCACUCCCAAAUGAAAGCAUACCUAAUGUAUGACAAUCAUACAUGUGGUAAUGCAAAAUGUGUUUGCACUUGUUAUUAUACCCACUCCCCGAGUCGAGCUACUAAAUCAUAUCAGGUUUUUACAUUCCUUGUGUCCCCCCUGCCUGUGUGAAUUAUGUCUAGUGAUUGUGUAUUGUAUUAGUCCUGUUUUCCUAUAAAUGUGUUUCACAGUCUGAUAAUUAAGUUUGAGGAGGAAUUUCAUAAUUCAUAGUGGAACAAUUGGAUCUAUUCCACCUCUGAUUGUGCGUAAUUAUGUUGUGAGGAGUGAAGGCCAUAUAGUGGGACCACGUUAGGGCUCAAUGAGAGACUUGUCAACUUGACCCCUGUAACUGGCUGAGCGGGGGGAGGAAGUGUUGAGGAAGAGGGCCUGGCCAGGAAUGUGUUGGGAGGGGAGGCCUGUCAACCGCAGAGCUCUGCUCCUCUGUGUCUGCUUAUUAAGAGAUUCAAAGCCAAACUUUAUUUAACUUGUGCAAAACCAAAGGAUAGUUUUUCUUAAAGCUACAGUGUUGAUAUCCUAGUCUUGUCUGUUGUUUGGGCUUGAUUUGCAGUUUUUUUGCAGCAUCACAAUCUGUGUUUGUGUCUGUCUUUGUAGUUACAAACAAACAGGUAAUUUCUGCAAAACAGUGUUGGAGAACCGUGCUGCUGUCCUGCAACAGGAGCAGGCUAAAGACUGAGAUAAAAACUCCCUUAUCAAAAAUUAUCAGCUGAGUAGCUCGUACUAAUCUAGCAAAGGUAUUUCCAGUAAAAUCUCUGACUUUGAUGUGCUUUUUCUCACCACUCUCUAGCAAAUCAUUUGAGAAACACACGUGAUUAGAUAAGGCAUUGCAAGAAUGCACGACAAUUGAUAAAACGAUCUGCGUUAACACAGGUUCGACAACAGACAAGACAAAGCGCCGACAUGCCAAACACUAAAUCACCACGGACUGUUGCUGCUGUGACACCUUAAUAUACAGCAGAAGUAUAAUUUAGACUCCAGUCCCACCCUCCUCCUGCAUGGCUGGUUAACUAGCACCUAAACAAAUGCAAACAUUGCACUGAAACUGAGAACAAGAAGAAAACUCAUAAAGAUUUACAGAUAAGACCUUCGUAUUUGCCUUGAGACUAAACUCAUUCUGUAGCUUGUUGCAAAUCAUGCGGCUAACAGAGUCCUAAAGAAAAAUUUUGUUCUUGAUUAUUUUUUAAUCUAACCCUUAUUCACUGUGCACAUCUGAUGUGCAGCAUUAUUUAUGUGCAAUGCUACUCAUGAUGCAUGGUGCAAUAACUUUCAUCUUCAUUCCUGUAAUGUAGAAAAAUACACAAGAUCUUGCAGUGAUAAACCCUGCACUGCAUGCACAUAUUUUCUCAUCCUUUUUUCUCUCAUUUACCUCCUCCCUAGCAAUGAUGGUUGUAGUAGAUAAAACAACAAUUGUGGAGUAAACUUAAAUUUAUACUCGUGCCCUUUUCUGAUACCCAAAACCAAAAAAAGAUCUUUUUAUGCCUGAAAGUGUUGCUAGGGGGAAGGUGAAGAAUUGGUCCCAUUUUUAUCAGUUGCUCAUAAAAUGCUCGUAAUAAAUGAUGCAUGUGACCAUCAGCGGGAGCCAGCGGGACAAGAUUUUUUGCCAAUAAUCAUUGCUAAAACGUAGAAGACAAGACGAGCAAAUACUGCGUUGACCACAGGACACACGAAAAAUUGAUCCGAUUCUAUUAGGACUACUGUGUCCCUCAGGAGCAAGUUUCAUUGGUCCACAUCAUACUUGCACAUACUUCUGGUUUUGUUAAAUUCAAACAAAAACACUGUUGUUGUUGUUUUACUUUUGCUUAUAAUUUUUUAGAAGUCUAACAUUAGGAGAGGGCCAAUAACAUGCAACCACAAGAAACACCUGACAGCAAGGACUGCAUUUGUUUACUGCUGUUCUCUAUAGAGAUGCACCGAUCUGCUUUUUUUCACCUCCAAUACUGAUACAGAUAUUUUAGUAUCGGCCGAUACCGAUCCAACUCCGAUUCAGAAAAGCCGCGCUGAAUUACCUUUUGUUGUAACCUGAAGUUUUACCACUGCCCAUCGGAACAUUUACUGCGCAGAUAUUGCAAGUGGCGGUCGAGCUUGUAGGCUGAGGUAUUGUGAUAAAGUUCAAGAUAGCAGACCCCUUUGCUCGCUCCAUUUUGAAAACAGUGUGGGCAACUGCUCAGCGUGUUUACUUGGAUGCCACUCAUGGCGCAGAGCAUAGAGUUAGACUGAAUAGAUUGGCCCCUAUGCACCGGGCCCAUUGUCAUGAUACCCGAUCUAGAAUUUUCUUCAGUAUCAGGAUCAAUACCGAUAGCUGGUAAAACGUUAAAAAAUUCUGCAACAUAAUUUGUUCAGUUUACACAGUUUUUUUUUCCACUGAAACAGAUUUUUAAUUUUUAACGAUGUGACUAUUAAAGACAGAACAAAAGUCUUCAUUGUUACUCUGAAGAGUGUAACAAAACUUUGGUAAUACAAGAGUUUCUCCACGGUUAUGAUGUGUGAAGUUUUUCUUUUUUCUUUAGUGACAGCAUGAACUUGGUAUGCAGAUAAAUGUUUUGAGACAUGACAGCAGAGUUUGUCCAGGAUGCAAUGAUGAUGUAUGCAAUACCUGAGACAUUCCUCGGCUGACAUCGUCUGGCACUUUGAAGUAGCAGCAGAAAUGCAGGAAGCUAGUUACUUUCUCUCUUCCUCUUCUCGCGGAGGAACUUGCUAAACUGCACUCCGCCAGGCACGUCCUCCAGGAAUUUUACUGGGACACACUGUAACUUUCCUGCCACUUGAUUGGCCUGGAAGUUGGAGGAAUGUGGACUUCUGUUUGUAUGAAAUAAUGGAUGGUGUUUGGGAUCUGCAGAGACCCAUUUGUAGUUGCAUAGUGCGGCAAGCUUCAUCGUAAGAAUGAUAAAAAAAAGGGGGGGGAGAAGGAAAGAGUGUGUAUGUGUGCGUGUUUGCGUGUGUGCAGGAAUUUGUGUGUAUUUGUGUUUGUGAGCGAGAGCUCCGUUGUGUUGGUCUGUAAAGCCCAUGUCUGGCGAUAACGCAGCUCUCUGAUGGUGGAGAUAGUCGAGACGCCAGCUUAAAUGUGGCUUGCUGGAUUGAAGUUGCCCUGUAAUGAUAGUUGUCUCAAACAACACGGAACAUACCAUUUGCAGCCCUGAAGGGGUGCUUUCUUCUCCCCCUUAUUUUCUUUUACUUACUCCCAGCUAUUCCAGAGCUAUGGGUUGAAAUUCGAGGAAUCAAAACAAAGCAUCUUGACAAUGGUCAGUAGCUGAAUUCUAUCCUCUCCUCUUGUCCCUCUGUCACCCCCUCCCCCUGUUCUCUCUCCCCCUAAACCACCCGCUUCUUUCAGCACAGUGGAAGAGUCUAAUAACUGGAGGGGAAUCUAAUCCUUGGCACUGGAUGAAAGACGAGGGUCUCCCUCCCUCCUCUCUCUUUCUCACAGUCUCUUUCUCUCUUCAUUUUUUCCGUGGAUGCUGGUUAUGCUUGGCAGGUUCUCUCCCUCUCUCCCUCUCAUUUUCCCGCUCCCUUUUUCACCCAGUCUUCCCCUUUUUUACUCCUCUACUUCCCUUUCCCCCCAAUCUUACCCUCUCUCUGUACAGGUUAAAAGUAACAAGAAAGCGAGUCAGGUGGAGAGAACUGAGUUCAGAGUAAAACUGGACUUUUGUGGAAACAUCCUUGGUCAGUUUUGUUGCUGAAAAGUUCAUUUAAAGAUUAAACCCACACGAGGGUUUUUCUGUUUCUUACAGAGCCAAAGUUAGCAGCUUUGUCAGAACCAGAAGUAGAAAAAAAGGAUUGAAAUUAUAAAUAAAUUACCUGUCUAGAGGUAAGAAAAAAAAAAAAACAGAAAACAGUCAAAACUAAGCAACAUUGGCUCAAAGAGUCUAGUGUCAGACUGGUUUGCUGGGUGUGGGAAACAUCAGCACCACCAACCUUCAAUCUACCUUGCAUCUACCUGUAGUUAGGGCUGGGCGAUAUGGGCUUAAAAUAAAACUUCAGAUUUCCUCCAAAAAUUAAAACUACACAUGAAAAACACAUGAUUCGCAACACUGUGGUCUGACACCGUAAAACUAAACCAGUCCUGAAUGACUAAGAGACUCAGCCCAUUUUUGGAACCAGCUUUCAUUGUUGUCAGUGUUUGUCUCUGAAGGAAAGGAAGGCAACGAUGGGAGUGGAAGUGGGGCAGCUGAGGAAGUUACAGAGAAAUUCAUUUUUGGAUAUCUUAAAAACCACAAAUGCGAUUUAUUGAUCAAUUGAUCUAUCGUUCAGCCCUAUAUGUGAUGGUGACACAUUGCUCAGUUUAACCAGACACUACCUGCAUACAACUUUAUCUUCAUUCUGUAGAUCAAAACACUGCAAGAUGUAAUCGGUCAUCUGUGCCUGUUUACAUCUGGAUAGUUGAGCAUUAUAGUGUUUUGGCAGUAUACAUUUACAAGAACUUAAGCUCUGGCUUAAGACGAGUGGUCAUGCAACAUCUUAGACCAACAUAUUAACAGCAUUUUGAGUCUACAGUAAUCCAAAUAUGAUACUCUCACUCUGUGUGACUGACUAGUGAUAACGGUGCGAAAAAUAGCUGCUUAAUUCUUUAAUCCUGUCUAAAGUGAAUCAGAAUAAUUACAGCACUAGUUUGGGCGCUCCCUCCCUGUGGACAAAGUGAUUUAUGUUCCCUCCUUGCUGGUAUCUUCCUGCACAAAUGUCUGUAUUUAUUUUAGUUUGUUAUUGUUGAAAGAGCUAAAAGGAAACAGACUUUUAAACUUAGAUGAUCUCGAAACAGAAUUUUCCAUACAUUAAAUUUAAAGAUCAUCGUUCCACUUGCAGCACUGUGUUGUGUUAUGUUUUACUUCUCUCCCUCCUUUUGCUCCGGCCAUGAAUUAAAAACAGCGGUGAAGUGUAGCUGGUGUUUGGAAGAGAUUGGCACUAAAAGACAGUGAUUCUGAAAUGAAACAACAAAGGCUACUUAUCUAAUUGGUAAACAGAGCUGUUAAAUGGUGGUUGGCUUAAAUGCUUGCAGGACGCUGUAAUUGCUGCCAGCCCUCACGUACAGAUGCAGGCGUACACACAUACACACGCAGUUUUCUCAACUUCCUCCACUCCAACACAAACACACUGAUAACCUCCAGUCUGAACCCGUCUGUAGAAAUUCCAUUGAAGAAGUCGGUCGGCCACCAACUCCUUCCUCCCUCCCUCACCCACCGCUCCCCCUCAUCAUUCUAACACAAACUCAUGAUACCUUUUACUGGAUGAUAGCCAGACGGAGUGUGAUGACACUGAAGACUGUGCCAGAAACAUUACACACAGCAUGCUGUACCACCCGCGCUGUCAAACACAAGGAAAUCAUGAUUGAGUGACUUUUACAUCAUAGAUAUCAGUCAGACUUCAGAGGUCUGUGGCGUAGAUGGUUCAUGUCAAAGAAUUCUUCAGGCUGGAGAUGACUUUUUAAAGUUCUUUGGCCCCUUUCUUCUAAUCCCCGUGAUGAUACAGUAUACAGUAAAGCAAUGGUGGAGCAGAGGAACACAGCUGGAAUCUAUCUGUUUCAAUAAAUGACUAAAUUUUGAGGAUUUGAUUGUCAACUGAUUGAAAGAACUUCUCUUCUUGUCCGCGUAUACAUGCAGCUGAGAAAAUCGAAUGAUUGAUCCUCCCCAAAACUAGGGGGCGAUAUGGGUCUUUUCAGCGGCGCUGUUUCCGGUUGACCCCAUACAACUGUCAAUAACAACAGCAGGUCCGUGCAAGACGUCAGAAGUGGCUACAACUGCUGCUGGGCAUUUUCGAGCAAGAAGAUGAAGCAUCUUACAGCGUUGUUUUUGUUGUACAUGAUGUACAUGCUACUAGAUGAGGUGCACACUACUCAUUCUCUGAUGUAUUUGUAACACUGGUUAAAAGGUAGAGAAAAUCGAAUUCCAAUCGCAUUAUCUAGGUGUCCUAAUCAGAGUUCUUUGACUCCAAUCGGAGUUCUCAAACUCUGAUUAUAGUCAGACUAAGGUGUUUACAUGCACUUCGGUUGUCCGGUCUUCAUUGGAGUAAAGCAAUAAUCCGGUUUUCUCGAAUGUCAUGUAAACGUACUCAGUGCCACUCAAAUUGCCUGCCUGAAGAAGCCCACAGAUGUCACAUGCAUCCAUGUUACCUGCAUGAAAUUUCAGUAAUGUCACUCAUUUGUUUCUGAAGAGGCAUCACGAAGCCUAAAAUGUCUGUCACUAUAUUGGAAAUGUUGACUCAAACCAGCUUAUAGUUGAUUUAGGGACCAGCAAAGAGGUGGAGUUGAAGCUACAGCUUUACUUCCCAAUAUAUGCAGAACUUAAUAUAACCAAAUCAGAUGAGUCCCACCCUCCAACCCUGUUUUUUUUUUUUUUUAAUACAAAGCUGUGAACAUGUUCAUUUCUGCUGUGAAAUGUGGAUGUUUCAAAAUGAUUAUGGGUUUUCUUGGCUGGCAGUUUAUAUCAGACAUAAAGCAGUGUUCAGCUGUUAAGAUGCGACUCCUCACAGUCUACAGUUUACUAUGACAAAGCUGAAGCACAGCCGAGUUCUCUGUUGCAAUCUCAAGUCAAACUUCUAAUGAUCGGUACAUGACGCCAGCUGAAACAUGAAAGUGUAUUUGUAGCAGACUGUAUUCUCCAUGCAUGAUAGUUUAUACUCUUGCAUCAGAUCUAUAUGCCAUAGAUCUGCAGAAACAUUUGCAUGUAGCCUGACGACAUGCACCUUCUCAAAACAUGUGAUUAGUCCACUGGUUAGCAUUGUAGUUCUUGCACAUAUACCGUAUCAGCUGCACAUUCCAUCUCCACAGACGUCUCUUCUCUGUUUUUCUGUGCAGUAAUUGCAGUAUGAUAAACUGCUGCUCAACUUUUAUCACCCCCAUCUCCAGCGUAAUAUGCACACAAACUCACAGCAUCCCAGCAGCUGGUGGUCAUGUAGGAGUAAGAAUUUUACAGGUUACUUGUUUCUUGAUAGAGUAAGUUAAAACAAUGGAUGAAAAUAUGAUGAAACAUUAAAUCUGAAAAGGAGAAAGGAAUAUGAAAAUCACAGUGCUGUCUCUGUAGAGUACAUCAAAAGACAGAAACACACGCACCAAGCAUCCAUGACUUGAUAUCAAAGAGUUGGAAGUUGGAGCAGAUCUGAAAUUUAUGGCACUUUCUUAUGAAUAUGUCAUGCAUAAAAACAGGAACACGUUAUACUCUUCAUAUCUGUGUGUGUGUGUGUGUGUGUGUGAAUAUGAAUCUGUUCCAUGAGCACCAGUUGUAAAACUUCAAAAGCCAGGAGUCCAUGCCGUAUUCUGCGCAGCAUCAAUCAUGAUGUGAUAGAAAUGAAAGUGUUCUCUGUCUAAAAUGCCCCCAAAAAGUCCCAGUUUGUUUUAUGUCUCAGGAAUUAAUUUGAUCAUGAGCUCAUAAAGCCUCCCUGUGUUUCCCCAGACAUGUUUGUGUUGCCUUAUUACAGGGAAGAGCAUGCCUUGUAAAAAGUGUGUUGAUGUGAGUGUGUGAGGGAGUCAGAAAGAGAUAGAGUGAGAGAAAAAAAGAGAAGGAGAGAGAGAGAGAGAGAGAGAGAGAGAGAGAUCCUGCUAGCUGAGCAGCCUGCUCUCUUAUUGGAGAGCUGUAAAAACUCCAGACCGCAGGAGUUGCCAGCCUGGAAUUCACUAAUGACACACGUGGGCCUCAGAUGAGAAGUGCAAUUUUGUGUGUGUGUGUGAGUGUGUAUGUGUGUGUGAGUGUGUUACAGUCAUACAGUUUGGAUCAGAAGGUCCAAUUUGUGUGUACAUGCAUUUGUGUGAGGCCCUAUCUCAUCAUCUAGUGUGUGUGUGUGUUUAUGUGCGUACAAACACUCACACAAAUCUCCUCCACCUCCUCUUCUACCCCAGCCCCCUAAAACAAAAAUGGCCGCUGUGCAAACAUAACACACCUAGCCUAAUCUCGGCGAUAGUUUCACCCAAAAGCUGCUUGUUAAUGGGAGCAGGGCCGCAGCCAUCCCGGCCCCUGCUGGAUGAAGAGGGGGUGCUGGGCGCUGGAAAAUGAAAGGAAUGGGGCCACGGGCACAUGGGUCUUUAAAUCCUCUGUGUCAAUAGAGUCUCUGGAGCAAAAUAAUGGCAUCACUCUGUGUGGGAGUUAAUGUGAGCUGAUAGCAUGAGGGCUGGGGGGUCAAGGGUUCAUGGGCUUGCGCUAGGUUGACAGAGAGCUGAAUACUUUCCUCCCCCCUCCUGAACCCCCUCUCUCUGUUGCUCCCUACCUCUUCUUUACCUACGAACCUGAAGGAGUGUUGUGGAGGGAGAUGAUGAGGGAUGUCAGGGGAGGAAGUGGCCUGUUUAGUGUUGGCAGUUUUAGCCCGCACCUCAACAUAUUCUCAUGAGUGACAAGUUCAGGGGGGGGAAAUGAGCAGGGAAACAUGAUAAAUGCAGACAUUGUCAAAGAGGGGAUUACUGAUUGGUGAGUUUCACUUCAAAAAACAAAAACAGUCACGUUAAAAACUGAUCAAACCCAUGAUUCAUCCAUCAGGGAGCAAAAAUAGUCCCAAAAAGUGAGUGCAUGUGCUAAAGAUAAUGAGCAAUUGCAGAAAAGGACAGAGAACUCUGUGGUAUUUAUCCCUGCAGGCUUGCUAUUUAUCUGUAUGAUAUGCUACUUGCCAGUGGAAUAAAAAUAGUUUAUUUCGUUGAAAUCAAAAUGAUGAGAAACAGUUGUACUGCAGGAAGAAGAGAGAUUGAAUAGAUGAGAGCAAAUGUGAAGAGAGAAAAAUACAGGUUCGACUUUGGGAGUAAAAGGGAGUGAUGAUCUAAUGUCAGCCGACACCGGGACAACCUGAACGGUCAAGAGUCUGGGUGGAGGAGCCAUCGCUUUGUCGCAUGAAGUGUGGAGCCCCCAGCAGUUUGGGUGUGAUCAGACGGAGAAAUAGAAAACAGAGUUUGUGGUGAAAGGAUGUGAAAGCAGAACCAAAAGGGGAGUAAACAGAAAAGGUGUGCCGAGAGUACAUGUGGUGAGAUUGAGACGUGUUUGAGGCAAGAGCCAGUGACUCAAACUUGAUCGUACAUGAACAUAGUUAAAAAUGUUCGAAAUGUAAAGAUACAUCACAUUCUCUGUCAGUAUGUGAAAGAAUAAUAUCAGUUUAAUCCGUGUUUUCAGUUUUUCUGGGUUUUUUGUAGUUUUUGUAGGCAUGCAACUGUCGACAACCUCGACAACCUCACACAGGAGGUCCGUCUGUUUUCUAACAAUAGUUUUCACAUCAAAACUAAAGCUGUGAGCCAGAAUCUUUACAAGACUUUGUUAUAGAAUUUCAUCUGGAGGUUUGCAAGUUUAACAUUACACUGACUUAUGCCCAUCCAGCAGUCAAAGACCCACUUCUGUCUUUGUCAUGCAAAAUUAAAAAUAAUAGCCUUUUACAAUGUGCUAUUUUUAUAAGCAGUUAAUGUUUUGAGGAACAUGUGUGUUUUCACUCUGCAAAAAUUCUGAUCAAAAAUAAGAGAGACCGCUGUGGACACGUAAACGCUCUGUUUGUAGACUGUUCGUUUCUCUGCUGCUGCUGCUGAUGUGCUCUUGCGUGCAGCACUCCCUUUUUAACGUCUGUAUUUGUUAUCGUUGAAGUUUUUUGCAAAUUAUGAGGUGACCUACAUUGUUUUGCAAAGCAGUCGGUGGAGUUGUGUAGAGUAGCGUAAAAGUGAUGCAUUCAACCAUGACACAUCUCUCCACAACAGAAGGAUUGAUAGUAAAAUAUAGAGUAGAUAGAAAUAUUGAUUCAUGGUUCUGGUCCUUGUGUUUUUAUUGGAUUGCUACCAAACUCUGGUGUAAUGUCUGCCUGUAGUGCAAACAGAGCAAGAAUGAACAUCCAAACAUUUGGCUCCUACUCUCAGAAAGACUUCCUCUCCCAUCCUCCCUUCCUCCUCCCCCCUUAACACAACAUCAUUCUCCUCCCUUCAAGGGGAAUUACUGUCGUAAAAAUUAGUGCACUUACCAAUGCAAACACUAAUUCCUCCACCUCUCUUCCUCUCUUCUUCUCAUCAGACACUGGUACCUCCCUCGGCUCCUCCACCUCCGGCGGACAUCGCUCUCACUGGUGCAGCGUCGCCUACUGGGAGCAGCGCACACGCGUGGGUCGCCUGUAUCCCGCCUACGAGCCCUCGCUCAACAUCUUCUAUGACCUACCUCAGGGCACAGGCCUCUGCCUGGGCCAACUCCACGCCAACGCCUAUCACAGCCGCCGUGAGGACCCGGGCAGCCACGGCACAUCCAGUCUUUAUGGACACCCCAGCCACGGAAGUGGAGGGAAUAACAGCAACAGCAGCAGCAGUGUACAACAGAUACGCAGUAAAAUCGGCCACGGCAUUGUGCUGAGCCAGGAGCCAGACGGAGUGUGGGUGUACAAUCGCAGCCUGCACCCAGUGUUUGUCCACUCGCCCACUCUGGACCCACCCAGCGCUCGAGGACUGAGCGUCAGGAGGGUGAUGCCAGGUUUCUCCCUCAAGGUGUUUGACUAUGAACGCUCCAGCUGGAUGGCCUCACACGGCAUGAAGCCUGAGAGCCAGGAGGGGCCCUGGGACCCCCACAGUGUUCGCAUCAGUUUUGCUAAAGGAUGGGGCCCCAGCUACUCCAGACAGUUCAUCACCUCCUGUCCAUGCUGGCUGGAGGUGCUGCUCAACAACCACAGAUAGCACACACACUUACACACACUGACACACACAUACGCUCACUCACUCAGACACACACAUACACACUCACAGACUCCUUACCCAGUAUCCUUAUUGUAAUCUACCUAGAUUUAAUAUAAGAUUUAUAUAUUAUAUAAAAUAUAUUAUACAUGUAAAUACUUGAGUCAUUUUUACAAUGCAAUUAUUUAUGUAUAGUGUAAUGUGUAUAUGGACAAAAUAAAAAAGGAACAAGAAUAUGCACUUUUCAUUCUGUAUAUGCAUUACAGUUUCUCAGUGUCAUUUUGCAAAUGCAAACUGUAAACAUAAGACAAACCUGGUUCAUGUUCACAUGAGUUAGCAAUUCCAUCAGAAAUAUGCCAUAUACACAUUGUCAAUAAAGUAUUUGUAUUAAAUGAA